AUGGACAAGCUGAGUUGUCCAAUAGAGAGAGAUAAAUGUGUUCUUGAGAAAGUGGUGAGCCCCAAUCGCAAGAAUUGGUCCAAGAGGUUAGAUGACACAUUGUGGGCCUAUAGAACAGCUUUCAAGACAUCAUUGGGGAUGUCACCAUAUUAUUUGGUGUUUGGCAAAGCUUGCCAUUUACGGGUUAAACUUGAGCACCGUGCUUGUUGGGAUAUUCAAACACUCAAUAUGGAUUUGCAACUUGCAGGAGAAAAGAGAAUGUUGCAUUUGAAUGAAUUAGAAGAGAUGCACUUAUUCUAUUAUGAAAUUGCCAAACUUUACAAGGAGAAAACAAAAAGAUAG